AAAAUCUAAUAAAAAAUGCCGCUGCGACAUAGUCCUCAGCAAAACAAUCCGCUGAGUUCGGAAAACUUUUGCGGCAUUUGUUGCUCCGAAAUGUCCAAUACUCAGCCGUGUUUUUGUACUCCGUGCAAUCACGUUUUCCAUAAAGCAUGUCUGGAAGAAUGGUUCCCUCAUCACGAUGAUUGUCCGAACUGUAGCCGAGUAUGUACGUUAUCGCAAGCAAAACUAGUUGUUGGCAAUUGUUCUCCAAACAAGCCGCAGCCGGAACCAACAGAAUUACCCGGUCCCUCGGGAAUUACUACUCGAAGUCUUGCCAAAGCUUUGGAGGUCGUACAGACCCCGGCAAAUGGACAUUUUCAGCCAGAGACGGGAAAGAUAUCCGAGGGAAAUGGCAAGAAUACCCAAUUGAGCCAAAUUCCAACUGUAGGUUCAGUCCCGGUAGAACGAACCACUAGGCCAACUCGUUCCAAAAGAACUCGAGCUCCAGCCAAAAAGCAGGUCCCGAAGUUCCCGCCAGGUCGAUCUUCCGGUCCGGCAGUAGUGUGUUUGUCGGGAUUGGAUGCUAGCCGUAGCUCCAACCAGACUAAAGCUCCGUCAGCUAAUGUCGCCACUCACUCUAGCCCUUGGGAAGCAACCAACGCACGGACAGCCCCUCUAAGCCAGGGGCUGGACUUGGAUGUCCUCCAACAGAUAAUUGAGCGCACUGUGGCCAGAGCCAUAUCCACUUUGCAGAUUCAGCCGCCAGCGAGUCCGCAGGAAGGGUAUGCGAGGCCAAAUAUCCCAACACCAGUUUCAUGUAUAAACAGCAUGACUAGCCUGCGAACGGCCAAGACGGCCAACAUUAUGCAAAAGUGGAAUGUUCCUUUUGAUGGUUCUACCGAAGGUUUAGGGGUAGAAGAAUUCAUUUACCGAGUCAAAACAUUAACCGAUGAAACCUUGGAUAGCGAUUUUCUCGGCCUUUGCAAACAUUUGCACAUCUUGCUGGUUGGCAAAGCGCGCGAUUGGUAUUGGAGAUACCACAAGCAGGUAGAUCGCAUCGUUUGGACAGAAUUUUGUGCAGCUCUUAGACAACAAUAUAAAGACUAUCGUUCGGAGUUUAUGAGCAAGGAAUUGAUUCGAGCUCGAAAGCAACACGUCGGAGAACCCUUCGUCGCUUUUCACGACGCCGUGGCUGGUCUUAUAGAUAAAUUUGGCAUUAAAAUGGCGGAAGAGGAAUUAAUAGAAAUAUUAAAAGCAAAUUUGCUUCCCGAAACCCGUCACAAAAUCUUAUAUCAGUCCAUUAGCUCAGUUGGUCAAUUGAGAAGAUUAGUACAGAUGCAGGAAAAUCUAGUGCAGGAGUUACAGAAAUCUGACAAGUCUCGGCCACCGGUCGGCCGCCGUUCGAUACAUAGUCUGGAGGAAUCGCGCACUAAAAGCGAUCAAGAAGAGUAUGAGGAUAUCAGCGUAGAGGCCAUUCAAAGUUCGACGGCUAAGCGUUCUUGUUGGAAUUGUGAGGAGCUUGGACAUGUGUGGGAAAAUUGUAUGGCAAAUAGGCGGAUAUUUUGUUACGGCUGUGGAGCUCCGAAUGUCUAUAAGCCGCAGUGCCAAACAUGCAUUCGUAGAGCUUCGGAAAACCGUCAGAAGGGUGCAUCCAACAACAGCCGGAUGCCCCCAAAAAACCACCAUUAAUCUUGCCCGUUGACU